UAAAAUAAGCUGAGAUCUUCAAUCACUACGUGACAAUGGAUUAAUUCUGUUUCAAACCUUUGACUGUAUGUAAGGCUUCAAUGUGUAUCGUUUAUUCCAAUUGUUUGGUAUGCAGCGCUUGUGACGUAUCACUCAACACGGCAGCCAUGGCAAAAUAUGGCAGCAGACGUGAAAACAUUAACAACAUUCUCAACUUUUCAAGUAUUUGUUUGAGAGAUAAGGUAGGUUAAACUUGUAGUAACAUCAGUUAUUGUCAUUAGCUGUGGUAAAGGUUUGACAUGUGACGUUAGCAAGAUACAGUCACAGUUUGACACUCGAAAAAAAAAAAAACAGGUGUCAACGUUAAUUAGCUAAGUUGAUGACUUAGCUAGCAGGCUAACUAAGCUGCUAGUUUGGUUACUUUAACGCAUAUGUUAUUUACGUAAGCUGCAUUCUCUUGAUGUGAACAAUAUAAAAGUUUGCUGGUAACCGUAAUUUACCACCAUUUGCUCGGUUGCCAACUCAAAGCUAGCUAAGUGGUUCACGACCAUGUCCGGGGAGCGAGCGCCUUUGCCAACCGGGGCAAACGGCCUACUCCGCGGGAGCCGUACGAGGUCUUACGGCAGUUUGGUCCAUUCUCCGCUCUCUCCGGUUCGCCAAAAACGCAUUGAACACACAAUUCAGCCAGGAGAAACGCUACAAGGCCUGGCCCUGAAAUAUGGAGUGUCUAUGGAGCAAAUCAAAAGAGCAAACAGGAUGUACACCAAUGACUCGAUAUUCCUGAAGAAGUCCUUGUCAAUCCCUGUGCUGUCAGACCUGGACCACUGUAGUAAUGGGGUGGAUUUGGUUUUAGAGGACAGUGAAGAAGGCCGUGCUGAGAAGAAGCAGGAUGAUGGCAAAGAAAGAGCGUCGGACCUUACUCCAGCGGAUUUUUUGAAAAGGUUGGAUGGCUUGAUAAGUCAGUCCAAGCAGGCUGCUGUCAAAAGAUGCCAGGAAGCAGACAAAAGCCUAAUUGAUGAUAUCACCUUCUUUGUUGUGGCCAACAAGCAAGACAGAUCUUUUCAAUGGGUUGCCGCCCUAGAAGCAGCUUGCACCAGCAGGACAUCAGACUGGCGGCCACUCACAAGGUCACAGAGCGUCAUUUCAUCUUCCAGAAUGCAGCAGCAGCAGGCAGCACAUGGGGCAGUACCUCUAACUAUCACCAAACUCACCAAGAAACUGAGAGACAGGGAAGAUGAGAUCUUCCAGCUGUGACAUGUUAUUUCUGCUGUCUCACUCUGCUCAUUAAAGAAACUUUCCCAGAAAGCCAUGUCACAGGGUUUGGCCUCCAGGAUAAUACAGUAGAGCAUUACAGAUAAAGGAAUAGAUUUCCGAUGAUCCCCCUGCUGCUGUAUGGACUUGGAGCUUAAAAACCUUUUCAUAUUGCCAUUUAAUUGAGACCUUAUAAUGGGAAGUUACUGUCUUUUUAAAAGGUUUUAAAAAUGAAUAUUGUGUAGCCUUCUUAUUUAUUUGUUGAGACAUCCUGUAGAUUAUGAAAAGCUUCAUAUAGCUCAUAGCUGUGUUUGGCUUGUUUUCACAUACAGGAAAUAAGAGCGUGAAAUGUUAAAUGAGAAUUCACAGUCACAUGUUUGUUAGUCAUGUGACAUAUGAAGAAUAUGGUCAACUCAAGUGGUUUCAGUGUAAUGCUACCUCACAGCCUGAUAAUGCAAAGUUGGCCAAGUUUUCUGACUAAUGUCUUUUAGCCAUGGUAUGUAAAGUAUAUAAAUCAUGUUCAUUGUAAUAUUAAGAGCACAGAAUUGCUCAUAAAUUGGUCUCUGUUACUGCUGACAGAUUUAAACUCUAAUGGAGCCAAAGUUUAAAAAAAGAUCUCUUUUAGAAUAUAUUUUGACAUCAAUAGUUUUAUUAUGUGCAUAUUUUUUAUUUCAUAUGUUUUGUAUAGUUCAUUUUAGAAUUAAAAAAUGUUUUGAUCUGUG